GCCCUCAAAAGAAUAUCAAACAACGAUCGAAAGAUAACUUGGCUGGGUACAUAAUCAAGGGUUUCUUCGGCGCUCUCAGGUGGCAUCGACAUCCGGAAAAUGACUACAGUGAUCGUUCUGAGUGCCUAGACUUAGUACAUUAUUUUAGCCACUGACUGGCUGACGUCAUCCUUGCUUAACCACAUCCGUCUCAUUCUGGGCAAUUUUGUUCUGGACCAUUUCUCAUCGUCCCUCCGAUCCCAUCCUCCAUCACCAUGCUUCGUAUCAACACGAUAACGCGGCCCACGCCCACGGCCUCCCCUGCGGAGCACCAUGUUGUCUCAACACCCGCCAACCGGUCUGCCUCAGGCUGGACUUCGUACGUCCCAUCUUGGACUCCCUCCCCUCAACGAACUCGUCCUUCGUUGAGCAAGAGUAGAAUUGCAGGAUUCCGCAAUCCCUGGCCAUCGUGGCACAAACCGACCACCGCAGAGAUUUGGGACAGCUUCCAGUGGGGCGACGACAACGAUGGCUGUCAGGAACUUGCCGCAUCCCACCUCGCCAACGAUACCGCAAUGCGGAAGCCGGAGCAGAGCAAGCUACCUCGGUUCGGCGACAUAAACGACUGGCCAAAUUCCCUUGGAGCAAAAUCAGCCCGGCUCCUCCGCGUUGAGGACCCGGAGUUUUCCUUCCCCGAUGACACCAAAGCCAAAGUAACUUGGCUGGGCCACGCCGGUGUUCUGGUUCAGCUUCCCUCGAUGGACUCCCGGAUCAAAGGGCCUGACAGGCCAGUGCGGUGCCUUUUCGACCCCAUGUUCUCGGCCCGCUGCUCCCCCAGCAAGUUCGCAGGACCGAUUCGCUCGUACCCACCGCCCUGCAAGGUCGAAGACCUUCCCCCAAUCGACAUCGUCUGCAUCAGCCACAAUCAUUACGAUCACAUGGAUCAAGACUCCAUCAUGUCCAUCUGGCGGCGCAACGAUUUCUGUGUCCGAUUCUUUGUGCCCCUAGGAAACAAGCACUGGUUCGUCGACUGGAAAAUCCCCGCCGACCGCAUCAUCGAGAUGGAUUGGUGGGACUCGGUCGAACUCACCGUCCCAUCCCCAACCCCUGCCACAAGCACCCUCAAACUCCACUGCACCCCGGCCCAGCACAACAGCUUCCGCACCGCCGGCGACGCCGACUCCGCCCUCUGGUCGAGCUGGUAUAUUGAACUCCUCCACCCCGCUCAUGGCUCCCGGCCCAACAAACCUCCCUUCCGCGUCUUCUUCGCAGGAGACACGGGUUACCAGUUCCACCCGUCCCCGGCCUGGCCGCCCUCUCCGAAUAAGCCCUCCCCCGCUGGCGACAACGAAGACGACAAAAAGUUCCCUGCCUGCCCAGCCUUCGCCGAAAUAAGAGACCGCAUCGCCCCGCCAAAUUUGCUUCUCCUCCCCGUCUCAGUUGGCGCAACGUUUGCCUACCUGAGAAGCUUUGUCCCGCUGCCGGAUUGGAUCAAUCCGUUUCCACGACACAGCGCAGGUGUGACGGCGGCGAAUCACAUGCCGCCCUGGGAUGCUGUCAGGGUGUUGAAGGCUAUGGCUGAGUUGGGUGGUGACGCAGAUGGAGAGCCGGCUGUGGCGGUGGCAAUGCAUUGGGGCACGUUUGUCACGGACCCGGCGGAGGUGCUGAGGACUUUGGGCGCGCUGGAGUGGGCUUGUCAACGGCAAGGUGUGAGGUUUGGGAGGAAGUUGGUGAAAGGGGGGGAGGUAGGGGAUGGUGGACCGCAGCCGUGGUUUGUGGCCGUGAAUCAUGGAGGGAGUGUCUGUCUUUGAGCGUCUUGUAGCGAGGGACAGCCUGAUUUGUUCGGGUGACUCGAAUCGGAUCGGAUGGAUUUGCUGGAAACGGACAUGCGUUGUUGCGUGACAGUUGUCAUUUGCAUCUCUGUUGUUUGCUCCAUGACUCCGGGGAAUGACUCGGGUCACGGUACCAUGAGUGAGGCCAUGAUCGAAGUUUGGGGGGUGAGAAUGUGCCAUCACUCCUGCGGUUUGUCACCCGGUUGCUGCCAGGGAAGUAUUUCCAUGCUCAAUUCUGACCUGAUUUGGCAUCUAUGGGCAAGCGGCGAGAAGAACUCUAUCUCCUACCGCAUGUAAUAUGUCGCUCCCAGCCAGGCUCCAAGGGUUUGACUCAGUGUCUCCUAGUUGCCAAAUCAGUCGGACGACCACGUCGUCAGGAAGGCAAAAGCUUGCCAGUCCUUUGACUUUCGAGAGCGCUAUGACUGUUCUGUCAAUCAUGAAGCCGUGUAUUAAAGCUAGUUGAAUGGCAGGAGGGGAAC